AUGGUCGACAUCGUCCCCCUAAGCAGCUACCCCUCCUACAUCGACCUCCUCCCCUCAAUCCAAACAUGCAACAUCACCAACCUGCCCGAAAACUACUUCCUAAAAUACUACCUGUACCACGCCCUGACCUGGCCGCAACUGAGCUUCGUCGCAAUCGUGCGCCCCCGCAACGGCUACAAGCACGGCUCCGGUAACGGUCUCUCCGGCGUCGGAGCUGCUGGCGAUGUCUCAGGCCAAUACCCCAAGGUAGUGGGCUACGUGCUUGCGAAAAUGGAAGAAGAACCCACCGACGGCAAGCAACAUGGACACAUUACCAGUUUGAGUGUGAUGAGGACGCAUCGGAGGCUUGGAAUUGCGGAGCGAUUGAUGCGCAUGAGUCAGCGCGCGAUGGCGGAAUCUCACCGCGCCCACUUCGUCUCCCUGCACGUGCGUAUGUCUAAUGUUGCGGCUCUGCGUCUGUACCGUGAUACACUGGGCUUUGAGGUUGAGAAGGUCGAGAGUGGAUACUAUGCUGAUGGAGAGGAUGCGUAUGCUAUGCACUUGAACCUGCAGAAUAUGUGGCUUGAUUGGAAGGCGAUUGAGAAGAAGGACCGGGAGAAUAAUAAGGAGGAGGGAGAUGAGGAUGCUGAUGAGGGAGAGGAGGUUGGAGAGCUUGGAAAGAAGGACAUGGAGAAGCAGAUUCGGGUCAAGGUUGGGAGGGGACUUGGUGUUGGCGAGCUUGUGGAGAGAAAUGAGUCGCAGUCUUAG